AGGACCUCAGCAUCCUCGUCUCUUAAACCAGGACCAUGUCUGCCAUGUGUGUGUCGGUGGUGCUCUUAUAUACAGUGGUGAUUGACAUCUCAGCCCGAGUUUUGACCACAACAAGCCCGGCUGACCAGCUCGUCCUAUCUCCCCGUCACUACCAGCAUACAGACCCUAGCUCAGGCACCCAGCUGGUCUGCGACAAGUGCCCGGCUGGUACCUACGUGUCCUUACACUGCUCCCCCACAGCUGUGAGGGAGUGCAGCCCGUGUCCUGACGGCACCUUCACACGGGGCGAGAAUGGAGUCCAGCAAUGCCAUCGCUGUCGGGCUCCGUGCCCUACAGGCUUUUUUGAGAAAGCCAGCUGCACGACCACCCAGGACCGUAUAUGCAUUUGUCCACCCAACAGCUACUUGUCGGUGGAUAGUGCAGAGUGUAAACCACACUCACUAUGCCCUGUGGGGACAAGAAUAAAAAAACGAGGCAGCGCAACAGAGAAUGUGGUCUGUAAACUAUGUACCAAGGGCACUUUUUCAGAUGUGCGUUCGAGUUUGGUGAAGUGCCGAGCCCACACAAACUGCCAAGCCCAGGGACUGGUGCUGCUCACCCCAGGGACUAGAGAGACAGAUAAUGUUUGUGGACCCUCCUCUUUAUCUUCAUCUGUUUCGACAACCACCUCACCUGGGCCUUCACAGGAUGUGCUUGAACGCCAAACUUCUUCAUUAUCGUCACUGAAUGGACCUGCACAUGAAGGCAUCUACAGCCAGUCAGCACCCAUGCCACUGAGGGAAAGCCCGGGAUGGGAAAACCGGCGUACAGAGGAGCUGAGUCCCCCAGGCACUCCCAUCCCACAAAGCCGUGAUCCCCCAAGGACUCUACCACCCCCAGCUGAAAAGCAACCAAUGAAUAGUGAGCACCAGAGGGGGCAACCCAAUUCUGACCCUGUGCCAGGGCCCAACAAGCAGGCAAUGGAGGGUCUGGAGGUUGCUGAGGUACUCCAAGUUGGGACAGGUACCAGCAAGGUUGCAGAGCAGGGGAGUGGAGGUGGUAUCUCCAGCUACUACAGGCCCACGCGGAGGGGGUCCCCAAGGCCAAGUACUCAUAAUCACUUUGACAUCAAUGAACACCUGCCCUGGAUGAUCGUGCUGCUCCUGCUGCUGGUUUUGGUUGUAAUUGUAGUGUGUAGUGUGAAGCAGAGCUCUCGGGUGCUUAAGAAGGGCCCAGUGCAGGAUCCAAGUAGCAUCAUUGAGAAGGCGAUUCAGAAGAAACCAUCUCAGCCUCCAAUGCAGGUCAAGGAGAAGUGGAUCUACUACUCCAACGGCCAGGGGGUGGAUAUCCUGAAGCUGGUGGCGGCCCACGUGGGUACCCAUUGGAUCGAGAUCUAUCAGUCCCUGGCUAACGCCACGGAGCGUGAGGUAGCAGCCUUCUCCAAUGGCUACUCAUCAGAUCACGAGAGGGCUUACGCAGCGCUGCAGCACUGGACCAUCCGGGACAGUGACGCCAACUUGGCCAAGCUGAUCAAUGCCCUGCACCGACAGCGCCGCAUCGAUGUAGUUGAGAAAAUCCGCUGUGUCAUGGAGGACAACCCACAGUUUGACAUCAACCAGCUGAUGACCUCGGUGAAUGUAACCAAAAGCCUCAGUCCGGUCCACAAGACGCUGGAUUCUCCCAGCAGCGUUGGAGGCGGCAGCAACCGCAGCGGUGGCAGCGGCAGUAGUGGUAGCAUGGGUGUGGAGCAGUCGCCGGUGGAUCGCACCAAAGGCUUCUUCCCAGACGAAUCGGAGCCUCUGCUGCGCUGUGACUCCACCUCCAGCAAAGACUCCGCCCUCAGCAGAAACGGCUCCUUUAUUACCAAAGAGAAGAAAGACACUGUGCUCCGGCAGGUGCGUCUGGACCCAUGCGACCUACAGCCCAUCUUUGACGACAUGCUGCACAUCCUGAACCCUGAGGAGCUGCACGUGAUCGAGGAGAUCCCGGACGCCGAGGACAAGCUGGAUCGCCUUUUUGAGAUUGCCGGAGUCAAGAGCCAGGAGGCCAGCCAGACGCUGCUGGACUCGGUCUAUAGCCACCUACCAGACCUGUUAUAGGGGAGGAAAGGAAGAAGGAAGCACU